AUGACUGAUGUCAGUAAUGUAGCUACUAGGACUGAUGUAAUUAAUGUAGCUACCAGGACUGAUGUGAGUAAUGUAGCUACUAGGACUGAUGUAAGUAAUGUAGCUAUCAGGACUGAUGUAAGUAAUGUAGCUACCAGGACCGAUGUAAGUAAUGUUUAUACCAGAACUGAUGUAAGUAAUGUAGCUAAUAGGACAUAUGUGAGUAAUGUAGCUACCAGGACUGAUGUAAGUAAUGUAGCUACUAGGACAGAUGUGAGUAAUGUAGCUACCAGGAUUGAUGUAAGUAAUGUAGCUGCCAGCACUGAUGUGAGUAAUGUAGCUGCCAGGACUGAUUUAAUUAAUGUAGCUACCAGGACUGAUGUAAGUAAUGUAGCUACCAGGACUGAUGUAAGUAAUGUAGCUACCAGGACUGAUGUAAUUAAUAUAGCUACCAGGACUGAUGUAAGUAAUGUAGAUACUAGGACUGAUGUGAGUAAUGUAGCUACCAGGACUGAUGUAAGUAAUGUAGCUACCAGGACUGAUGUAAGUGAUGUAGCUACCAGGACUGUUUGA